UGACAUAAAAGUGUCAAACAAAAUAAAAUCGUUUCUGCGUUUAUUAGUGUUCUGUGAUAAAUAAAGUAUGGUGGUCGAUUUCCUUUCUCAGACAGUAUAUUCAUAAGUUUAUUAUUUAAAUUGUUAGUAGAUAGUUUCAAAUUAAUUUCAUGAUGGCAGAGGCCGCCGUGGAAGAUAGACCGCCCCAGAAGUUUUAUUGUCACAUGUGUAACAUUCAAUUUCAAAACGCAUCAGCGGAUUUCACAUGUCCUCAUUGCUCCGAUGGUUUUAUAGAAGAAUUACAAGAUACUCCUGAAAGUAAUGACGACAUAAUGGACGUUGAGGAUUGGGAAGAUGCAGAAGUUGUGAGUAAUUUUUUCAAAUUUAUAUUCGUAGCUGAUUUUAUUAAUUGUUCUAAUUUGUUGAUUUUUCUUUUCUUAAAGGUGGAUAAUUUGAUGAAUACAUUGCCGUUAAAUUUAACUGAGGAUCGUAGGACUAGGACGCGAUCGGAAGGGAUUAAUCGCCCUGGAAGAAGGUACGCAAAUCGUGCCAGGAUUGUUAGACCCAGGUCUGAAAGAGUUACAUUUUUACUAUUUCAGGCUGUUUUAUUUUAUUUCUAUCGAUUUUUUUAUUGUUUUCACUGGUUUUUCUUGUCUGUCUUCUUUUUGUGGGUUUUCCUUGUUAUAUGGAUAUUUUUGGUGGUUUACAGAACUCUUACUAGAAUAGCAUCGUCGAAUUUGAGGCAGCACGUCCCGUUCGAGAAUCUACUGCAAGAUUUCAUUGUAAAUUUGGGCGUAGGCGUGAAUUUUGGUACGGCACAAGGAAAUAUGCAGCUGUUUUUAGGGAACCCGGGCGAUUAUGCUUGGGGGCGUGAAGGAUUAGACGCCAUAGUAACCCAACUUCUCAAUCAAAUGGAUAGCACUGGUAAAUAUUGGUCUAGUGCCUCAUUUCAGGGUGUAUUUCAGGUAACUGUCUUUGUAGGUCCACCGCCGGUUUCUAAAGAAGUUAUAGAUGGUUUACCCAUAGUGGAAGUAACUGAAGAACAAGUUACCGCCAAAUUACAAUGUUCAGUUUGUUGGGAGGAUUUUCAAUUGUGCGAGAAUGUGCGUCAGUUACCUUGUUUGCAUAUUUAUCAUGAACCGUGUAUAAGACCGUGGUUGGAAUUGCACGGUACUUGCCCCAUUUGUAGACAAAACUUAAUCAAUGAUCAAAGUAGCAGCGACAAUAAUCAGGAUCCGGGUGGUAGUAGUUCAAAUAAUGGCGGUGAGUUUUAAAUUUUUAAAUUUUCACUUGGAUUUUUUUAACUUCCAUUAAUGACUGAGUUUAUGGGUAUUUUAUAAAUUGAAAACUUUUUGAAUCAUUUUUUUAAUUAGAUUUAGUGAUUAUCUAGUUUUUUAAUGAUUUUUGAUAUAUAUUUUAAAAAAAUAAUACAAAUUUGACACAAUUACAACAGUUUUUUCUACUAAUCUAAAUAUCUAUCAAAUUUCUUUGAAAAUAAAAGAUUUUUUUAUUAUUUGUAGUAAUUCUACUUUUGGAUAUUUUUUAUUUAACGGUUAUUCUGAUUCCUGUAGCUUCCAAACUGUGUCCUGAAUGCUUCUAAUUACAUUUUCACCAUAAUUUAUCAGUUUUGCUUAAUUUUUUACAUUUUUCAACAUAUUUUUCACAAUAAUUCAAAAUUUUAAUAAUUUUUGACCCUUAACUACCUUUUGAACAAGUACUAGUUACUGUUUCAAUUAUUUUUCCCCAUAGUUUGACCAUUUUAACAAUUAUUUACCAGUUUUGGUCAAUGAUGUACAGUUUUUGACUGUUAACUGCCUUUUGUAUAGUUUUUUCUAAUAUUUUGAAAAUUUUAACAAUAAUUAUGUAUCAGUUUGAAUGAAUUUUGAAUAGUUUGUGACCCUUAAAAACCUUUUGAUCAAUGAUUUUCUUAUUAUUUCAGUAUUUUUAUGAUUUUAGUUAAUUCUGUAUUUCAAUAUCAUUUAGUUUUGGCCAAUUUGUCACUUUUAAUAUCAUGAGAACAGUUUUUGACUGUUUGUUUAUUGCUUAAUGGCAGUCUGUAUUUGAUUUAAAUGUUUUUCUCCUUCUUUAUUACCAAUGUUCUAAAAACUCAUUCAUUUGAACACGUUUUCCACCAUUUUUAGUUUGGAAUGUACAGUUUUUGGCUAUUUUUUAUUGUUUUUUGACAGUCUCUCUAUAUUUUUUCUCUAUUUGAAUAGUUUCUCAACCUUCUCAGUUCAACCUGUACCAGUUUGAAUAGUUUUUUACCAUUUUUAGUUUGGAAUAUACGGUUCUUGGUCAUUUUUCAUUGUUUUACAACAGUCUGUACUCAAUUUAGUUUUAACUUUAACAGUUUUUUAAAUUAUUCCAUCAAACAGUUUCCUAUCUUUUCAUUUGUACAAUUUCUGGUAUCAAUUGAACAUAUUCAUAUACAAUAAUACAGUUUUCGACGUAUGUACUUUUAAUAAAUAAUAUUAUUGAAAAUUUUUAGCUAAUAAUACAUUUAACGUCCUGCGCAGUCUGUUCAAUUCUCAAUCCAGUAGUUCGUCGAGUAAUUCGACGUCCCAUGAAAAUACAGGAGCUAGGACACGAUCGAGAUCACAAAAUGACUCCACCAUGUAAGCGAAUUAUCAAGAAAAAACUAAAAAAACGAUGAUUAAUCACAUUUAAACGAAAAAAAAAAACCAAAAAAAAUGAAAUCCUGUAAUCUAGAAAUAUGCUUGCUUUUAAAAAAAAUUGUUUUUAUUAUUGUACGAUUGGUGAAAUGGGAUUCGAUUAAAAAAAAAAAACUUUGAUGUUAA